CGAGAAGCCAAGCGUGCGCCUCUGACGUCGGCCGCUAACUUUAGCCUAGCUUAGCCCAGCUCGCUAGCUAGUUCGCCGCAACGGCUGGCUGACGUCAGACAGACCGUGACGUCACACUACAACGUUCUGGGAUUGUCACAAUGAGAUGUCGUCACCUUGGGAGAAGCACGCCGUAGCGGCCGCUAUGCGUUCCGUUUGCUGCAAGCAACAAACAAGUUGACUUUAGAGGGUGACAAUGCUGGACGUUGGCGUGGAGGAGACUGACGACGACACGCAGGCGCAAACAAGCAGCUGCAGCAGCACCAGUGAAGCAUUUGCCGAAAAGAGCCAACCUAUCAAGAGAACGCACCUGAACGACGAGGAGAAAGUUGAUAUACGAGAAGCCUUUGAGCUGUUCGACAGCGACAAAGACGACCAAAUAGACUACCACGAGUUGAAGCAGAUGGCGAUGCGAGCGCUAGGCUUCGAGGUGAAGAAGGCCGAAGUCAUGCACAUCCUGGAGGACUACGACACGUACGAUACUGGCAAAAUCGCUUUUGAGGACUUCAACCAUGUUAUGAGCGAGCUGAUCCUGGAUCGCGACCCCAAGGAGGAGAUCAUGAAGGCCUUUCGCCUUUUCGACGACGAUGAGUCGGGCGCCAUCGGCCUGAGGAAGCUCAAGCGCGUGGCCAGGGAACUUGGAGUAAACAGCAGCGAUGAAGAACUGCGCAGCAUGAUCCACGCCUUCGACACAGACGGUGACGGCGAAAUCAACCAGGAGGAGUUCCUGUCCAUCAUGCACGGGGCUGACUGAAGCUCUCGUCACCCACCCGUGAAGCAGGAAACGUGAGUGCGGGAUCCUGUUUCUAUGGGGGAAUGUUUUAUUUAUUAAAAACAAUUCAAAUAAAAAAUAAAACUUAAGAUGUCUCACUCCCUGUAAUCAUCAGUUUUUUUGUUUUUAUUUUAAUUACCAGGAGUGCCAAAAUUAGGGCAUGUUAAAGUGCGUAAGUGCGACGCCAAAAAGCAUGUUUAUUUCAUAUUUCACGUGGUAUUUUAUGCUCCUGAAUGAAUCCCACGCUAUGAAAAUGAGUGAUUUCUGGCUCCAGUCUCGGUUUUAGGACGAAUGCAAAUGUCACGUC